GGGUCUUCCUCAGAGCCUAAGUCUGAGGAACAGUCAAAAGACGCAAAAAGGAGUGGUAUUAAUUAUCCCUCUGCUAAUGAGGACCAGGGAGUGGUUCACUCCAGCCCCGUCCGGUAGAAAUCUGAUUCCAACCACUACCCACGCAGAAAAAGUGUUUCGCCUUCCACCUCAGCCACUCUGGACUACAGCCCCCAGAAGGCAUCGGAGCUGAACCACCCGACUUGCGCAGCGGCGUUCGUUGUAAAGUGCUAUGACAACAGGGCGAAGAUGGCUUGGAGUUAGGGAGGAGUGGGGAGGUGUCCCUUCCGCCGUUGCUGUCCUUUAUCUUCUACAUCCCGCUGACUGCCUCCCUCACCAUUUCCUCCUCUUUGUGAGAAGCGGGACUUGCCGUUGUUCUGGCCUGCCUGGACUCUUCCAAGAGAUUGAUGCCGUUUUCCCCGCUUGUCUCUGGGCUUGACACAGAAAGGAUGCAGGUUUACUCCUCGUGGGUGUCACUCCAACUCUGUGGAGGUGGUGGUGCUGCCUGGUGAGGCUCUCUCUCUCUGCCUGGGACGUGGAACAGGUUGGAGCGGGGAAACGACCCUGGCGGGCAUUCUUAAAGGGAGAUCUGCAGAGAGUUGCAGGAAAGGUGGAGCAGGACCCACCUGAUUCGGCACCAGUGAACGAAAAUGUCUUUAUUUAAAGCCCGGGAUUGGUGGUCUACUGUUCUGGGAGAAAAAGAAGAAUUUGAUCAAGGCUGUUUGUGUUUGGCUGAUGUUGACAAUACUGGAAAUGGACAAGAUAAAAUAAUUGUGGGUAGCUUUAUGGGAUACCUAAGAAUCUUUAACCCCCAUCCUGUAAAAACAGGAGAUGGUGCUCAAGCUGAAGAUAUGCUUCUAGAAGUGCAUCUACGAGAUCCAAUACUACAAGUGGAAGUAGGAAAGUUUGUUUCAGGUACUGAAAUGCUUCAUUUGGCUGUGUUGCAUUCUAGAAAACUUUGUGUCUACUCUGUCUCAGGAACCUUGGGUAAUGUGGAACAUGGGAACCAAUAUCAGAUCAAAUUAAUGUAUGAACAUAAUCUUCAGAGAACAGCCUGCAAUAUGACUUAUGGAUCAUUUGGUGGUGUAAAAGGUCGAGAUUUAAUUUGUAUCCAGUCUAUGGACGGGAUGCUGAUGGUGUUUGAACAGGAAAGCUAUGCUUUUGGGAGAUUUCUCCCUGGUUCUCUUUUACCUGGGCCUCUUGCUUACAGUUCUCGUACUGAUUCCUUCAUUACUGUCUCUUCCUGUCGACAAGUGGAAAGUUACAAGUACCAGGUGCUUGCUUUUGCAACGGAUGCAGAUAAAAGACAGGAGACUGAACAACAAAAACUUGGUUCUGGAAAAAGACUUGUUGUGGAUUGGACUUUAAAUAUUGGAGAGCAAGCCCUUGAUAUAUGUAUUGUCUCUUUCAAUCAGUCAGCAUCUUCUGUUUUUGUUCUUGGUGAGAGAAACUUUUUUUGCCUUAAGGAUAACGGACAGAUUCGAUUCAUGAAGAAACUUGAUUGUAGCCCAAGUUGUUUUCUCCCAUAUUGCUCAGUUUCUGAAGGAACAAUAAAUACUUUGAUUGGAAACCAUAAUCACAUGUUACAUAUUUAUCAGGAUGUGACACUGAAGUGGGCCACUCAGCUUCCCCACAUUCCUGUAGCAGUAAGAGUGGGCUGUUUACAUGAUUUAAAGGGAGUGAUAGUCACUCUGAGUGAUGAUGGUCACUUGCAGUGUUCAUACCUGGGGACAGACCCUUCUUUUUUCCAAGCUCCAAAAGUUGAAUCUAGAGAACUACACUAUGAAGAACUUGAUAUAGAAUUGAAAGAACUUCAGAAAAUCAUCAAAGAUGUUAAUAAAUCGCAAGGUAUCUGGCCCAUGACUGAGAGAGAAGAUGACUUGAAAGUUUCUGCCAUGGUUUCUCCUAAAUUUGAUUCAGUGUCUCAAGCUGCUGAUGUUGAAGUGGGAACUGACCUUGUCCCUUCAGUCACAGUGAAGGUCACAUUGCAGAAUCGACUGGCUUUGCAAAAAGCCAAAUUAUCAGUUUAUGUGCAACCACCUUUAGUAUUGACUUGUGAUCAGUUCACCUUUGAAUUUAUGGCGCCAGAGAUGAGCAGAACAGUAGCCUUUUCUGUUUAUCUGAAAGGGAGUUAUACACCGUCUGAAUUGGAAGGAAAUGCUGUUGUUUCUUAUUCCAGACCAUCAGAUAUAAAUCCUGAUGGCAUUCCUCGGGUUAUCCAAUGUAAAUUUAGACUUCCCCUGAAACUAAUCUGUCUCCCAGGUCAGCCUUCAAAAACUGCAAGCCACAAACUAACUAUUGAUACCAACAAAUCUCCAGUCAGUCUUCUCAGUCUCUUUCCAGGCUUUGCCAAUCAGUCAGAAGACGAUCAGGUGAAUGUAAUGGGUUUUCGCUUCUUAGGAGGUUCCCGAGUUACUCUUCUUGCUUCUAAAACCUCUCAACGAUACCGCAUUCAGAGUGAACAGUUUGAAGAUCUUUGGCUCAUAACAAAUGAACUUAUUAUCCGCCUUCAAGAAUAUUUUGAAAAACAGGGAAUCAAAGAUUUUGCAUGUUCUUUUUCUGGAAGUAUGCCCCUUCAAGAAUAUUUUGAGUUGAUUGAUCAUCAUUUUGAGUUGCGGAUAAACGGUGAGAAAUUAGAAGAACUGUUAUCUGAAAGAGCUGUACAAUUUCGGGCCAUUCAACGCCGACUAUUAACAAGGUUCAAAGAUAAAACACCUGCCCCCCUCCAACACCUGGACACCUUGCUAGAUGGAACUUACAAGCAGGUAAUCGCUCUCGCAGAUGCAGUAGAGGAAAACCAAGACAGUCUGUUCCAGUCAUUCACCAGGCUGAAAAGUGCCACCCAUUUGGUGAUUCUGCUGAUUGGGCUGUGGCAGAAGCUUAGUACCGACCAGAUCGCUAUUCUGGAAGCAGCAUUUCUGCCACUGCAGCAGGACACCCAGGAAUUGGGCUGGGAAGAAACAGUGGAUGCUGCCAUUUCCCACCUCUUGAAGACUUGCCUCUCAAAGAGUUCAAAGGAGCAGGCUUUGAACCUCAGCAGCCAGCUGAACAUACCCAAAGACACAAGCCGACUAAAGAAACAUAUAACCUUGCUCUGUGAUAGAUUAGCCAAAGGUGGACGACUCUGCUUAAGUACGGAUGCGGCAGCCCCACAGACCAUGGUCAUGCCAGUAGGUGGCUGUACUACCAUCCCAGAAUCAGACUUAGAAGAAAGAUCAAUAGAGCAAGACUCCACUGAACUGUUUACCAACCACAAGCACCUCAUUGUAGAGACACCCUUGCCUGAAGUUUCACCCCUCCAAGGAGUCUCGGAAUAGUUCAAGUAGAGUUGUCUGGUUGAGGGGAAGAUGGCUUUCCCAAGGCUGAUCCUGUGUGGACCUCAGGCCAAGCACAAAUGUAGGGCUGGCCCGGUGCUUCAUCCAUCUCACCUGCUUGGAGAUGAUAUGUAGACUGGGGAUUGGGAUUUUUUUCUUAUUGUGCUAGGAGGAUUUGUAAUACCCAGGGCAAGUCAGUUGAAACCUAGGUGGGAAAAAUAUUGCUGCUUUUUGGUCAUCUGUAUGCUUGCAGCCAUCGGAUAUAGUGAGAGGACAUCUUUUGGGGACAGACUUUAUAAUGCAGAGGCCUAGAUCCAAAGUAAUUUGAUACCCCAUUCUUUUCACAGAAUUCUUAUAUAGUAACUGUAUCAAAUUUAAUAAAGCAUCUCAUUGUCCAACAA